AUGGGCACGGUGCUUAGUUUUUCCCCGCGAGAGCGAAGGCCUGUGUACACAACAAGCUCUACGGGCGAUUUUACCCUUAAUAACUUUUCUUACGAACAACUAAACAACGUUAAGAACCGUGACUCAAAAAGCAACUGCAGUGUAACAAACUCUAAUAAUCAUAAUUUGUGUAAUAAUAUAAACAAUAAUGAAAACGCUAGGAUUAUAUCUGAGAAAAACGCUCUGGAAAAGAACCUCAGGAAGCACUCUCUUUUCAUCAACGCCCUGUCCUGGAAACGGUUCUCCACGACGAACAACAAUAAAAAGAAGUUGGACAACAACAAAAACAAAAACAUAACCGUUUUUCGGCAACCCCUGGUCGACAAUAUUCAUCCGGUGAUCGACAAAAACAAAAAUAUCCAUCAAAACAAGCAUAGCUCAUAUUACUCGAAUUCGAAAAGUAGUUCCGCGCUUGCUUUGGACAUUGUAAGAGUGAAUAAUGCUAACAAUAACACUAACAAUCAUUUGCACUGCGAUAAAGUUGUUAACAAGCAGGUCAUUUUGAGCCAAAGCUCUAUCAACUCGCAGAAUCAGGUCGUUCCUGUAGCUGCACCCAAAAAGACUGUCAUACAAGCUUCCACGUCUGAAUUAUUGAAGUGUUUAGGAAUGUUUUUGCACGCUAAAUGCUACAAAUUACGAGAUUUUCAGGCGGGAGAUGCGGUCAUGUGGCUCAGGACGGUUGACAGGAGUUUGCUUUUGCAGGGAUGGCAGGAUGUAGCGUUUAUUAACCCAGCGAACGUAGUCUUCGUCUACAUGUUGGUCCGAGACUUGGUCAAAUCAGACAUAGAAUGCGAGCAAGACCUUCAAGCCGUCGUCCUCACCUGCCUGUACCUUUCAUACUCAUACAUGGGAAACGAAAUUUCCUACCCCCUCAAGCCAUUCCUGGUCGAAGACUCAAAAGAAAAAUUCUGGGACAGAUGCUUGGAUAUCGUCGACAGGCUGUCGUCAAACAUGUUGCGAAUCAACGCCGAGCCUGGUUACUUCACCGAAAUCUUCACCGAAUUAAAAGCUUGCGGUAUUGGUAACAUCGUAGCCAACAACAUGGCCGCCAUGGCCAGCCAGACCGUGCCCGUAGUGUCAUGUAAUUCAGGCGCGACAACGCCCGCUUGA